AGAUGUUCCAUAGCCACUCGAAGCCAGUUCUCAAAAAUAAUAAUGAUUUUGAUGAGUACGAUAAGCCAAAUUUAGCAAGCAAUGCUGGAUUCUUAGCACCUUUGGAAGAUGAUCCUGCCAACAUGAUCCCUCCAAGCUAUAAAAGAAGCAGUACUAGGAUGCAAAAGCCUCAAUACUUCUUUUCGAAUAACCUAUCUGAGAAAGGAAGCAGAGGGACUAAUCGUGUGAUGAUGGCUCAGAAUAGCUUGCCUUCACUAGUGCCUCAGUCUAUGAGCAUGCACGACAAGAAAGUCCAGCAGAAACUGAGGAAGCUUUAUAAAGAGAAUAAUAAGCUGCAGAAGCAGAUCAAGAAACAUGAGAAGGAGGAAAGUGAAAGGAACUGGGAGAGGCUCAAAUCAGCUACUUUGGGAGCACCCUCACAUGCUAGUGCUUAUAAUGGACAAUUUCCGAUGUUGAGUCAACUUAACAUGCAUCAGAUGCCACAAAUGUCUCAUCCUUCUUAUUUUCCGAAUAGGCCUCCCGUACCUUCCAUAAGGUCUUAUGAAGGCAGCUAUAAGCCUCAGCAUAAAGCUGAGGCUCAUGCUGAUCUUAGCGAAGAAACUGAGGAGGAUGAAGAAGAGUCUGAGGAAAGUGAAGAGGAGCAGACUCCUCCAAGGAAGAAAUCCUCCAACCAUCACAGGGAGCCUCAAAGACAUCAUGAAGAGAGUAAAAAGAGAGUCUACAGCUCUGAAGAUACUUCGGAUGAAGAUCGUAAGGAGUUCAACCACAAAAUGCGCAAGAUGCUGAGAGGUAACCGCAAUGACUACUGGGCUCAGCAGGAGGAACUAGACCGUCUAAAGUCAAAAACACAGAAGGAAAAAGAUAACAACCUAAAAGCAAUGGGGAUUCUUCCUAUCAAUCCUUAUGAAAACACUAACUUAGAGGUGCCAGAUGAUGAUGAUGAGCUUAAUGAGCUCAAAGAUCAGAAUAAUAAGAGGAAGAAUAUGCUAAAUAUGAAGAUGCAAAUGGCUCAAAGAGUGAGCUCCAUGGAGAAUAAGGAAAAGUACAAAAAUUUCGAACUCAAAGGAUACAAGAAAUUAAAGAUCUACGCAAGAUGAAUAUAUGAGUUCACCAAACUCAUGAGAUUUGUCAGAGAGAAGUGGAUAAAGAAGGAGAAAGAGAAAUAGAAUCUUAUUUGACGAAUCCUUAGAUCUAUACUCAGAUGUUGCUAUCACAUGGCUGAUUUCGACUAUUAAAACCCCUAUAGUUAACCUAAUGGUGCAGCCAAAGCUGAACUUGGACUUAACUUCUAUCUUUGUUAAUUCUGAUAAAGCUUUUCUGAAGAUAAAAGUUCGUAUUGAGGCUAUAUUUAAAGCUAUUACAGAAGAAGUUAUUAAAAAGAAGGUUCCUUUACCACUUCUAGAGUUCCUGAAAUUGCUCAUAACUCCUCGGAAAUACCUGCCAGACGACUUCUUUAGCAUGUUUGAAAGGAAGCGGUUAUCUCUGAACGAGAGAGGAAUCCUCUCAUCUGCUUCUUCAGCACAAGAAUGACUCAUAAUCGGGGGAUUUCUCCUCGUGAGGAUCUUAUUGGCGAAAAUAUUGUUGGAUCCAUCCAGCAUCGUUAUGAUUAAAUUAAAGAAGAAGCAGAUCAGGAACUUCCAGAUAGUAUCUAGCGUGGUCUAUUACCUGGUGCUGGACUACUUUAAGGAACUCUUGCCAAUAGAUAAAAUGAAGAAAUUGAGAGAAGAGUUUGAUAACAUUGAUUGCAACCAGAUAAUGGGCCGAUACGAUCUCAGCUACUUUUUUAACCGCCAAAAGAAAUGGAUGAAUGAUACUAAGAAAAGUAUUGGCUUUAUUAGUGAGCGUAUUGCUAAAUUGGCUGAGAAAACUCAGCCUAAGUAA